GAGGCGGCGGAGGCCAGGGAGGAAGAUGUCGUAAUGAGCGGGAGACUUGGAUCCUGGAGGAAGAGUUUGGCAUUCCUGUGGAGAGUAAAUAGACUAUCCACUACCCCUCUCCCCCCAGAUUCUAGUCAAAGUUUGGGCCUUUGGAGGCCUGUCAGAGAGGAGAGAGCUGUAAGAUUUUGGAAGAUGUCUGGGUCAGAACCUCAUGGCAUUCCAGCAGAUCCACAGACGAGCAUGGCUGCCACUGCUGCUGUCAGUCCCAGCGACUACCUGCAGCCAGCCGCCACCACCCAGGACUCUCAGCCAUCCCCCUUGGCCCUGCUUGCUGCAACAUGUAGCAAAAUUGGCCCACCAGCAGUUGAAGCUGCAGUGACACCUCCUGCUCCACCCCAGCCUACACCGAGGAAACUGGUCCCUAUCAAACCUGCCCCUCUGCCCCUUAGUCCCAGCAAGAAUAGCUUUGGCAUCUUGUCCUCCAAAGGAAACAUACUGCAGAUUCAGGGCUCACAGCUGAGUACCUCCUAUCCUGGAGGCCAGCUGGUUUUUGCUAUCCAGAAUCCCACCAUGAUCAACAAAGGGACUCGAUCCAACACAAAUAUCCAGUACCAGACAGUCCCUCAGAUUCAGGCAAGCAGUUCCCAGACCAUCCAGGUGCAGCCCAAUCUCACCAACCAGAUUCAGAUCAUCCCUGGCACUAACCAAGCCAUCAUCACGCCCUCGCCAUCCAGCCACAAGCCUGUCCCCAUCAAGCCAGCCCCUGUCCAGAAGUCCAGUACAUCCACCACCCCAGUGCAGAGUGGGGCCAAUGUGGUGAAGCUGACUGGUGGGGGUGGCAACGUGACACUCACUCUGCCUGUCAACAACCUGAUGAAUGCCAGCGAUGCAGGGGCUGCCACUCAGCUCCUGACCGAGAGCCCUCCUGCGCCUCUGUCUAAGACUAAUAAGAAAGUCAGGAAGAAGAGCCUUCCUGUUUCCCAGCCACCAGUGGCUGUAGCUGAGCAGGUGGAAACGGUGCUGAUUGAGACCACAGCAGACAACAUCAUCCAGGCAGGAAACAACCUGCUGAUUGUUCAGAGCCCAGGUGGGGGCCAGCCAGCUGUGGUCCAGCAGGUGCAAGUGGUGCCCCCCAAGGCUGAACAGCAGCAGGUGGUGCAGAUUCCCCAGCAGGCACUGCGAGUGGUGCAGGCUGCAUCUGCCACCCUCCCCACCGUCCCUCAGAAGCCCUCUCAGAACUUUCAGAUACAGACAACUGAGCCUACACCUACUCAGGUAACUCUUGCCUCCCUCUCUUCCUCUGAUUACCCCUGGGCUUGGCAGCAGCAGCUGACAGUGCAGAACGUUUCUGGAAACAACCUCACCAUCAGUGGGCUAAGCCCCACCCAGAUUCAGCUGCAGAUGGAGCAGGCCCUGGCAGGAGAGGCCCAGCCUGGGGAGAAGCGGCGCCGCAUGGCCUGCACGUGUCCCAACUGCAAAGAUGGGGAGAAAAGGUCUGGAGAGCAGGGCAAGAAGAAGCAUGUAUGCCACAUCCCUGACUGUGGCAAGACCUUCCGGAAGACAUCUUUGCUGCGAGCCCACGUGCGCCUGCACACCGGUGAGCGGCCUUUCGUCUGCAACUGGUUCUUCUGUGGGAAGAGGUUCACAAGAAGCGACGAGCUCCAAAGGCAUGCUCGCACUCACACAGGGGACAAACGCUUCGAGUGCGUCCAGUGUCAGAAGCGCUUCAUGAGGAGUGACCACCUUACCAAGCAUUACAAGACCCACCUGGUCACGAAGAACUUGUAAAGAGUGACUGAAGUGGGAGACCUGGAAGAUGCAAUCCCCCGUCUGUGCGGCCUGGGCCCCCGGCAGACAGGCACCCACAGCUGCCCUCACCUCAUCCUGUUCUGCAACUGUGUCCCCACAGGAGGGGGCUCUGCUCUCUUUCUUCUGAAGCCCUUGGCUCUGCCCUGGCCCUUCCCUUCUCACCAAGAGCUCCUGCCUGCCCAGACCAUGGACGCCGGCCAUGCCCACUGAGACGUUCUAAACUAGGACGCAUGGGAACCCUAUUUCCAAAGGAAAAACAUGCAUUUCACUCCUUCAAGGAGCAAAGUGAGCCCCGCCCCGCCCCACCCCACUCCUGACACUCCCAACACUGCCGGAGUCCCAUCUUGCCAUGCUCUACUCCUGGGUGUGCCUCCCGGGCCCCUUCAGUCACUAGGGACACCCUGGGACCUUGUACCCAGCCUCCCACUGGCACUCACUUCUGCAGAGGCUGGGGAGGCCACCUCCACUCCACUGCCCAGCCCCCCAUGGCGCUCCUCCAGACAUUCCAACUGCCUCCUUCAAAGGUCAAAUGCCCGCGGACUCCUCCCCGCUCCCCUUUUACUAUGGAGAACGUUGCCUUAUACUCUGUACUUCAGAUGAUGAACACUGUGUAUGUGUGUGCUUUAAAGAAGUUUUAUUUAAUUGCUCCCUUCUUCUUUUCCUUGGUAUUCAUCUCCCCCAUGCUUUUCUUUUUUUUUUUUUUUGGUUUAGGAUUUUGGGGGGCAAUGAUGAGCAUAUGAAUUUUUUUCUCCCUCUAGCAGUUCUCUUUUCUAAGUGACACAGCAUUUCAACUCAGAUCUGGCUUUAUAUAAAAGCAUUUCCCAUUCUAACCCUCCCCCCUCCCCCACCUUGCCGCCCCAGCUGCCCAAGCUCUACUGUGUACAGUGUAUAUUGUAUAAUAGACAAUUGUGUCUACAACAUGUUUUAAAAAAACAUAUUGCUUGUUAUUUUUGAGGCUUUUAAAUUAAAAUCCAACUUUAUUUUUAGUUGUAACUGCUUGAGGUAUGUUUUAUGAAUUAAGUGACAGAUUUGUUAUCCUUUAUUAACGAUGUACUUUGUUGGUCAGUGCUGGGCUGGCAAAAUUUUUCUUGCUAAUAAAUUUAGUUGCCUGAGGCAAAGUCUG